AUGGCCCCUACUAAAGAAUCGUCGCGUGUUGGUAUUCACCUCGGCAUAGACUUCCAAUACGAUGAAGUCAACUUUGAUCCUACCCCUCCUCCUCCAAGAGAUGAACCUGAUCCUCCUCUGGGUAUCUUGAGCAGCUUCACCGGAGCCUGGACCGGAACUGGCUUUAACAACAUCUUCCGACCAAACUCCGUUGCCCCCACUACUACCACCUUCACCAAUCCCGUUCUCCCUGCCCCUCCUUCUCCUCCCAAUGUCUCAGUUCUCGAACUUAAUUUGACACAAGAGGAUCUCGUAUUCUCUCAACCUCUUGGAAAAGUCCCCAAUCGUGGUCUUGAGCAGCAGAAUGAUAUUGUUAUCAACGGUGUCACGUAUCUUCAGACUGUGAAUGAUGUUACCAACACGGUUACGGGUAAAGGUGAUGGUGCCAAGACGGGCAUUCACACUGAAACUGGCUUCUGGUUGAACGUUCCUCAGACUCAAAACAAUCCCGUGGAGGGAAACACACUUGUCCGUCUUGGAUCUAUUCCUCAUGGAACUACAAUCAAUGCUCAGGGCAGCCCUCCAGACGUAACCGAGGGACCACCGCAAAUUAGCAAGCGACCAAUCAGUCCGUUUGUGAUUGGAAAACCGGAUGAUAUCCAGGUCAAGCCCAGCCAGACAGCCGCCCUCAACAAUACAGCCCGUCUGCCUCAGGAUCUCAGUCUCUUCAUCGAGCAAGGCACUAUCACCCAGGAUAUUCUUGACAACCCAAUCCAGAUCCUUCUCGACAUCAACAGUCAGCUCAAUAUCACAGAGACUAACACUUUCACUGUCUCUACUCAGUUCGCUCCAACCCCUGGUGGCGGCACAGCUAACAUCGCUUUCCUCGUCGGAGCGAGUAGCCAAGGUCCCAAUGCAGACGCCGUGCAAAUGGAAUCUACAUUCUGGGUUGAGACCAUCAAGUCUGAGAUUACAGUCCAGGACUACACUCCUGGAAAGGCCCUACUUCUGCAGCCAGCCUAUAAGCCGAUCCAGGGCAAGAUAACUCCUCCGCUGCCCACAUUCUCCGUCACGCCUCCUGGUCCUGUUACUGGCCCCAAGACGAUUCCUGUGACUUAUACACAGAUUCAGUACUCGCAGACUGUUAACCUUAAUUUUAAUGGGUUGACUUGGCCGCAUUUGUCGCUUGCUACACUAGUGCCUUCUCAGCCUAUUAAAGUUAACUAUUUAUCUUUUUAG